GCUCCUUCCUCUUCCUCCUACUCCUCCUCCCUCCUCCUUCUUCUUCCCUCCUGGAGGCCUCCUCCACACACGUCACUUUAACAUGCACUUUAACUUGAGGCCUCCUCCACACACAUGUCACUUUAUUUACAUGCACUUUAACUUAAACACACGCCACAUGUAACAUACACUUUUAACUAAAACACACAUCACUUGAAGCACACACCCAAACACUUUCACAUUAUUUGUUGUCUUUCUGUCGUGAUGAUUGUUGUUUGUCAUGUCCAAAUGUUGCACCUACCGCCAAAAAAAAUUCCUCGUUUGUGUAAACAUUCCUGGCAAUAAAACUGUUUCUGAUUCUGAUUCUGAUGAAUCCUAAUCGUUUCGUGCUCGUGCUGCUGCUCCUCCUCGCCGCCUGGGGGCGGUAGUGAGCCCGGAGGCUGGCGGCUGAGCAGCAGACUCCACCGGGGAAGAAGCGCGCGCGGCGCAUCAGCUGCGGGCUCAGCGCGCGAGGUCAGGCUGUCACCAUGCGCGCGCUCGACCAGACGCUGGUGCUGUGCGCGUACGGCUUCUUCUCCAGCCUGCGGCCGUCGGAGCCCUUCCUCACGGCCUACCUCAUGGGUCCGGACCACAACCUGACCGAGGCCCAGGUGGUCAAUGAGAUCUACCCCGUGUGGACGUAUUCCUACCUGGUGCUGCUGUUCCCCGUCUUCCUGGCCACGGACUUCCUCCGCUAUAAGCCCGUGUUGAUCCUGCAGGCCGCCAGCCUGGUGGUGACCUACGUCCUGCUGCUGAAGGCCCGGGGCCUGCGGGCCAUGCAGCUCCUGGAGUUCUUCUUUGGCCUGGCCACGGCCUCGGAGGUGGCCUACUACUCGUACAUCUACAGCGUGGUGGAGCCGGCCCGGUACCAGAGGGUGACGGGUUACUGCCGCAGCAUCACCCUGUUUGGAUCGGCGGCCGGGUCUCUGACCGGCCAGCUGCUGCUCUUACUGGACAAAGUCCAGCUGGUCCACCUGGUCCUCGUCACUCUUGCGAUGGCCGCCGUGGCCUCCGUCGCUCCCUGGUUCCUGCCCAUGCCCAAGAGAAGCUUGUUCUUCCACCAGAGUCCAGGAGUGCUGGAGAAGCCCGGCGCGGCUCUACUUGAGGAGGACUCUGAGAGCAUGUCGCCCCCCGUCAGCCAGGACGCCUCCGCAGUAUCCAGGACCUCCCAGACAGGAGGUUGGAGCAGCGGCCUCGUGGGCGUGUUGCAGGUUCUGUUUGACGACCUCCUGAAGUGCUACAGGUGUCCCUCGCUGCUGGCCUGGUCCCUGUGGUGGGCUCUGGCCACCUGCGGCUACUUCCAGGUCAUCAACUACGCUCAGGCGCUGUGGGAGAACAUCCGUCCAUCCCAGGCCCACGAGAUCUACAACGGCUACGUGGAGACCCUGUCCACGCUGCUGGGGGCUCUCGCCGCCCUGCUGGUGGGCCACCUGCCCGUGAGCUGGUCUCUGUGGGGGGAGCUGGCCUUGUGCGUCCUCUCCCUGCUGAUGGCCUUGUGUGUGUUUGCCAUGGUCACCCUGGGGAACAUCUGGCUGUGUUACAGCUCCUACGUCCUCUUCAGAGCCGUCUACAUGCUGCUCAUCACCGUGGCAACCUAUCAGGUAGCAGCCAGCCUCAACAUGCAGCGCUACGCUCUGGUGUUCGGGGUGAACACCUUCCUGGCGCUGCUGCUGCAGACCCUGCUCACGGUGGUGGUGGUGGACUCGGCCGGCCUCGGCCUCGACGUCUUCACUCAGUUCCUCAUCUACGGUGGAUACUUUGCUGUCAUUUCCGUGGUCUUUCUGCUGGCUGCGCUUUUCAAACUGGCCUCCAGGAGGCGCUGCAAGCGGCAGGAGGAGGUCCAGACCCGCAGCAGGGUAGAAGCUGAGUCCUCCCCAGUCAGCUGAGGGCUGUUCUCAGGGGAGCAGCAUGAGCGAGUGAUGUCGCACAUAUACAGUCUGUUGCCCCAUGUGAAGUAUGGAGUAUGAGUCUGUUGCCCCCUUCCCGUCAUGUGACACACGUGGAAGCAGCUCUGAACUUGCACUCUCUGCUGAUCCCAGGUCAGAUGUAAUAAUUGUAUUUCUGUAUGAUUCCCAGCUUAUGGGCUGCGGUGCCUUAGACCAAGUGACCACUAUGAUGCUUCACAGUCCCACGGUCUGCUCUCGGUCACAUCUGACACCAGCAACACAUUCACCUUUGUAUUUUUAUAUUUAUUUCCUCCUGAAAUUGUAAUAAUGUAAUGUACCAUCAUUGAUAAUUAUAUCUGUAUCAGGUUUAUCAAUGUGUGUCUUGAAUGAGUGACCAUGAACCCGUGUGAGGUCAAGAGGUCGAUUACGGUUAGUGUGUCACCAUCAGAGAUAUGCCCAAAAGCACACACACACACACUGUCCAAAGGUUCUCCAGAGUGUCCAUGGUUAUAUUAGUCGUGUAGACAUUAGUACGGCGUUAGCUGCUUGUAGGUCUUGUAUGUGAUGCUUGUUGUUGUUGUUUGUCAACACAUUAACUAACACUUGAAGCCUCUGUACUGCAGCACCAGAUUGUACUGUGAACUCUUCCUCUCUUCUCAUUGGCUGUCAGUCAAGCAGAGGACCCUCCUCUUUUGUCUCAUUCCACUUCUUUGCACUGUUGUAGUUUAGCGCUCCGUGACCGUGAAGACGAGCUCCUUCAUGAGGAAGAUCUCAGCUCAUGUUCCAGAAGUCUGUUUGUUUGUAAUCGCACUGUAAACAACAAAAUAAACAAAACACUCACCAUC